AUGACCACCCAUCAUUCAGAAGAUCUAGCUUUGGAGCAAAAGACAAUACCCGUUCCAUCAUCUGAUACGAUGGCUUUGGAUCUCAACAUCAACGGAACUUCUACUCGAGAUGAUUCCAAAAUUGAACAACAAGAAUCCUCUGAUGCUGAAUUGAAGAAAUCUCCCGAAUUCACCAAUUCCGAACCUGCCGAAAUUACCUCUACGCCAGAAUCAAACGAAGAAGUGAUGGCAGAUUCCCACACUGCUAACAGUCCUCAACCUCUACCUACAUUAGUCGAGUCGCAUGCUCAAUAUUCUCCCGAGAGUCAUGACGUAUCGCAAAUUCAAGACUCGAAUACAACGACUGUUUCCGACGAGCCUCCAAAGCUGGUCGAAGAGCCAGAACGCGCCGAAUCCGAUCUGCCAACACCAGCCGCUUCAGUGCCAGAGGCUGCAUAUGACAAUCUCGCGCUUACAGCUGUUUCGCCUAUUGUGGAAGCUCCAGUGUCUAAUAUGCGCGACGAAGUCUCCCCACUUACCCAAGUACCCGAAACUAUACAUCAGCCUUCAUUGCCAGCUUCAGAUAACAUGGAAGUACCAUUGGUUUCGGAACUAGAGGCUUCUGCGCCAAGUCAAAAAGCACCAAGUCAAGAAGCACCAAGUCAAGAAGCGCCAAGUCAAGAAGCGCCAGGUCAAGAAGUCCCAAGUCAAGAACUUAAAGUUGAAGGUGCGGUUGAUGACAUGAACCUCAAUUUCGAUGCGCCUCGACCCGAUCUACCUCCAUCAUCUCCCAACAAUGCGCCGCCUUCUAUCGAUAUGGACGUUUCUCCAAUCCCACAGCAAGUAGCGGCUGAGCCUACCAUUGAAUCCAUGUCCGCCGAUGUCAGUUCUAAUGAUGUCGAGAUGACUGACGCGCCUGCACAACCUCAGAUCACGAAGAUUGCUCGCGAGCGAGAGGAUGAUGGUGAAGAGGAGCCAUCUGCCAAACGUACCAAGACUGAGGAAAGUGAGGAACCUAAGGAAUCUUCAAAUGUCGGAACCCCAGCUGCGCAGAAUGGAGUGACUGCAAAUGGCGCUUCGGCUUCUAAUGGGAACACGUCACGACCGAUCACUCCGCAUGAGACCAAAGAAAUUGUCAAAAUCAUCAAGAAUGUCAUCAAGACUGCAGCUGGAAAGAAUUUCAGAUCUCCAGUCUCAAUUCUUUGGCCUGGAUUCGCUGAUGCAUAUGCCGAGAAAGUCAAGAAUGAGGUCGAUUUAGGUACCAUGGAGAAGAAGAUCAAGGGCGGAGAAUACCCUUCGAUUCAAGCCAUCAAGGACGAUGCUGUACUUCUCUACGAUAACGCUGUUGCUUUCAAUGGACUCGAUAAUCCCAUCACAUCUGCUGCCAAGGAUGUGAGGAUAUCGAUUCUUACCAAGCUGGGAAGUCUUCCAGUCGAGCCACCAGCCCAUGUUGCCAAGGCGCAGAUCAAGAAACCCAAGCGACCUACGCCAUCUCUCGACACUGCUGCUCGUGCUCCUGCUGUCAGAAGACCAUCUCGCGGAUCUUCUGGUGCUGCUCCACCAAUGAGUGCUCCACCUACAACCUUUGCCCUCGACCCAGUCACCAGUACACCAUUGAUUCGUCGUGAUUCAACAAAGGACGGUAGGCCAAAGCGUGAGAUACAUCCGCCAAGAAACAAGGACUUACCAUAUUCAGUACGACCCAAGAGCAAGAAAUAUUCCGUUGAGCUCAAGUGGUGUGAGGAGACACUCAACGAGAUGAAGAAGUCAAGAUAUUUUCUAUUCUCCAGUGCCUUCUUGACCCCUGUUGAUCCCGUCGCAUUGCAAAUUCCCAACUACUUUACCAUCAUCAAGUCGCCUAUGGACAUCUCUACUGUCUCCGAGAAGCUUCACAGCGGCGCUUACACAAGAGCGAAAGAAUUCGAACAGGAUGUUAAACUCAUCUUCCAGAAUUGUUACAAGUUUAACCCCGACGGAAAUCCCGUUCGUAUCAUGGGUCAACAGUUUGAGGAGCUGUUCAAUGGAUUGUUGGCCCAGAAAGAUCGAUGGAUCGCUGAUCAUCAACCUGUGGCUGCAACACCAGAUAGAGAUGACGAGACCGAGGAGGAAGAGGAGAGCGAGGACGAGCCAGAGCCUGUUCAAGAAGCAUUCCAGAGUGCUGCUACACUUCGACUCAUCGUGGAACAAACUAAGCUUAUCGAUAUGCUAUCAAAACCAGAAUCUAACGAUGCCAUUGAUUUGCAGAGGAAGAUUCUUACCGUCAUUCAAGAAACCGUCGAUAAAGAAAAAGAAAAACGUGCGGCAGUUGCGAAGAAACCCAUCAAAAAGUCAAGGCCUUCCAAGCCCUUAAAGAGAGCUCCGCCAACCAAGAAAGCUACUGCUGGACCUCCGAGAAAAUCUGGAGGAGCUCGCCGAGAAAAAUACAUGGGAUCUCUCGAGAAGGAGGUAAUCUCGGCAGGAAUUGGCGGACUACCGGAACACUGUCUUACCGAAAUAACUGCCAUGAUCCAACAAGAUCAACCAGAAACCAUACUCGAGGAUGAUGGUACUAUGGAACUGGACAUCGAAUCGGUUGCAACACACAUUCUCUGGAAAAUCUAUGAAGCCAUUCAUCAACACCUCCCAGAUGUUGUAGCUAGUGUUAGAGAUGCACAUCAAGACAAAAAGGAAGAGCCUCGUGUUGCUGCCAAACCUGCUCAAAAGAAGAAGAACAAACCAAUGUCAAAAACCGAGCAAGAACGAAAGAUUGCAAUGCUUAAAGAAAAGGUACAAGAGUUUAGUCGACCGCCGGGAUCGGCUUCUCAAGAACCCAUUGACAGUGUCGAGCAACAAACGCAAGAGGAAUCAAGUGGUGAUGAGUCUUCGGAUUCCGAAGAAGAGUAA